UUUUUUUUUUUACUGCUAUAUCUUUAAUAUGGCAAAAGCAACAAAAGCAACUAUCAAAUUUCAGAAGAAGCAUCUGAAGUCUGCUAUUGAGAAGCGCAGGAAAAAGCAGAAAGCUACUCAAUUGUAUAAAAAGCGCAAUCCAAAGAAGUUUGGGCGAGGUACCAUUGCCGAAGGAUCUGCAGGUGGAAGCAGUGAAGGUCAAAACCGAGACGGCGGACACCAGGAUGAAAACGCCGAGAGCGAUGACAACGACAAAGAAGAGCAAGAAAAUGACAAGACAAAGAGUAUGAGCGUGGAUGAGUUCUUUAACAACGGUCUGGAAUCUGAUGGUAGUGAUAAUGAAGAGGAGCCUGAGUCUGGUAAUGAGGAUUUUACCGGCAUUGAUACUAUUAUUGAGGAAAAUGAUGAUUCGGACAUGGAAACACCUAUAACUAAGAAGCUGACUGCUGAUCAAAAGGCAAAACAGGCUGCUAAGGAAGAGGCUGCUCGUAAGAUCAAUUUGGAAGCUUUAAAGGAGAAGGAUCCUCAAUUCUACAAGUACUUACAGGAGAACGAUAAAGAGCUCUUGGAAUUUGAUGGCGAAAUGGAGGAUUUGAUUAGCGAAGAUGAAGAUGAAGAUGAUGACGAAGAAGGCGAGAGAAAUGAAGAAAUGGAAGAAAGCGACGAAGAAAUGAAGGAGGCCAAGGGGAAGGAACGCAAGGGUAAGAAAGAAGCAGAAAUAAGAGGGGACGAAGGAGAACAGGAGGAUGAAAGUAUGGAUGGUAUUCCACUUGUGACUAAGGACAUGGUGGCUGCAUGGCAAACAGCCCUUGUUGAAAAGCACUCUCUUCGUGCUUUGCGUCGCCUCUUGCUCGCCUUCCGUGCUGGAGCUCACCUACACGAUGCAGACGAUCAACGUGUCUAUGCCUACAGGAUCAACAGUCCUGUCGUUUUUAACAAGCUGGUUGUUACCUGUCUGAAGUAUGUUAUCCCAACUCUGAACUACCAUCUUCCUAUUCAGACGACAGCCGGAGGAAAGCCGAAGCCUGUUAACUCUGGCUCCAAGUAUAUAGUCCUUCAACCAUUGAUUAAGUCGUUUCUUCAAAACACUCUAUUCUUGCUCAAGGAGCUAACAGAUCAGGAGAUGAUCUAUUUUGUAAUCCGAGAAUCAGAGAAGGCUAUUCGCUAUCUUGUUGGAUUCCCCAAGGUCGCUAAGGACUUAUUGAAGCACUUGUUGUUCUUAUGGUCGACUGCAUCAGACCGUGUACGUAUCAUUUCAUUCUUGACGAUUCGCACCAUGUGUUUGCAACUAGGAUCCACUUACUUGGACUUAGGGUUGAAAGGCGUCUAUCUUACGUUUGUGCGCUAUGCCAAGACAACUACCAUGCACACAUUGCCCAACCUGCAUCUGAUGCAAAAUUGCGUCGCACAACUCUAUGGACUCGACUUGGGUAGAUCUUACCAGCAUGGAUUUGUUUAUAUCCGUCAGCUCGCUAUUCAUCUCCGCAAUGCCGUCUUGGUCAAAACCAAGGAAUCGUUCAAGGCAGUUUAUAACUGGCAAUACCUUCAUUGUCUGAGUCUUUGGUCCCAAGUAAUCUCAACUCAUGCCUUGAAUAAUGCAGGACAGCCUACAUCUUUACAUGCAUUAGUCUUUCCAUUGGUCCAGGUUUCAUUGGGUGCAUUGAGGUUGAUUCCGACUUCGACGUACUAUCCUCUCCGUUUCCAGAUUAUCCGCAACCUGCUUCAGUUAAUUGAGAAUACAGGGACGUUUAUUCCUUUGGCGCCAUUCCUGUUCGAGGUCCUUGAAAGCGGCGAGAUGAAGCGUCCUGGCCGCAAAGGGACGUUGAAGCCAGUGGAAUGGGACCUAGGCUUCAAAUGCAGUAAGGACUACAAAGGCUCCCGCGUUUAUCAGGACGGUGUAGGAGAGCAGGUGUAUGAGCUGAUGACAGAGUAUUAUGCUCUCUUCAGUACAUCCAUUUCAUUCCCCGAAUUAGCUAUUCCUGCUAUCAUUCAGCUCAAACGGUUCAUCAAGAAAUCCAGUUUGGUCAAGUUGACUAAACAAUUUGCUGGUUUGGUUGACAAGUUGGAGCAAAACUCUAGAUAUGUAGAAGCCGAGCGUAACAAGGGAGAUUUCUCGCCUAACGAUGCGACGGGCGUUUCUGCAUUCUUGAAGUACCAAGACAAGGAGAAAACCCCAUUGGGAAGCUAUUGGAAGGGCGUCAAACGGAGCGUGAUGGCAAAAAGGAAGAUGAUAGAGGAGGCACGCAAAGACCGAGUAGAACGAGAGGAUAAGACAACGAGUAGUUCAUCAAGGACUAGCAAGGAUGAUUCGGAUGAUGGUGACGAAGAUGAAGACCAGUCGAUGGAUGAAGAUGAUUUAGAGGAAGUGGGUGACGAGGACGACUACAGUGACUAAAAGCUGUUUGCUCAUACUAUAUACGAUUUUUUUAAGCAUACAUCACAUUCAUGCG